AUAAUCAUGCGUGUGAUUUUCUCUGAUCAAGUCCCAAGCAUGCAUGAAACAGACUUUCAAUCUCAAAUACCAUAUUCCAGACUGAUUAUCUGUUUUGGUAUUAAAUCAAUGUGUCUGAUUUACAGUCAGAGGGAUAAUAUAAAGUGGGAAUUGGUCCCACCACAUGACUUAUUUUGGGUCUGCAGAAGCCUCUUAGAUGGGUCAUGUCCAGUUUGGGUCGCAAAGGGCACCAGCCAUAUGUAGUGACAUCUUGCUUUUAGGAAGCUGAGGCUGCAGGACUGGUACAGCAGAGGAAUUGAGAGUAGAGCGGACUUUUACAGUGUGGCAGGGAGGUGUACACCCCAUGCAGGAAGUGUCCUCUGAAGAGGCUACAUAUUCAACCUCCCUUACAGUACAGACUCACAGGCAGCUGGGGGAGGUCCCUCUUUAUCACAGAAACAGGAACUGGCUGGGAUAUCAGGGAAGUCCAGGGCAACCUCUUGUGACUCAACCACCAGGGCUGUGUUUUCUGUGCACUUUUAUGUGUUUACACGGCCCAUCUCGGUAGGUAGCGUCUGUUCCAGUAUGCGAUGUGGUGUCUGAGGUCUUUAUACGAAAUGGCAGGAUAUCCUUGAUAUUUCUAGGUAGGUAACUAUAGCUCUCAGAAUCAAUAAUGAAAUUUCUCAUCCCCGACCCAUAAUGUUGCACAGAAUGAUGGCUACUUCACAAAUCAUUUUGUACCCGAAUCCUCCUUUUCAAAUGCUAGAGAUUAAACAAAAAUAAACGCAUACUCUCAAUUUAGGAAGCCCCCACCCGCCAGCCGGAGGACUGCAAGCUGUGAGCUGUCGGCCAGUUUCAGUAGCUGACUAAUUAGGAAUGGAAGCAGUAUGAAUUACUAAUGAAGGUUGCUUGGCAGACAUGUUUGUCCAGUUUCAUAUCAACUCUGUGAAAACGGUCAUCAUAUCGGUAUGUUCGCACUAAAAAAAGGAGUAUCUUGUCUGGAGGCGGGUACUAUAUGUGUGGCUCUUCAAAAUCCUGUGUAUGCAAUCUGCUGAUUAAUAAGGUCUCCGCUUAAUGUCGUGGAGACUUUUUGCCAUUAUAUACGACCGUCAUUUCAACUACAGAUUGUUAGUUGAUCUUUCAGUGUAAAUCCAGUGGGCAAAAUGUGUGUUUUUCGUCCCCAUUUUAUUUUCAAAGAAUCAGCUGUCUUGUAUGAAAUGCUCAGACCUAAUUACCAACUUAAAAUAGCUAGUAUCGCAGAACCCCAAGGGUUGUCAUCGCUAACAUUAUGUUUAACGAUAUGAAUCUUAUUACAUAUGCAGUAUAUCUGUGCACUGAUUGCAUGUGUACGUUGCAGAAUAAAGACAACUUACAUGAAACUGGUAAAGAAAAUAAAGACAUAUUACAUGAGACAGCGAUAACCCUCUGUUAUUGGUCUGUGUUCAUGUACUUAUUUUAAUGCCCCUUAUAUUUAUGUCAAUCUUACUGCUUUCUGAAACUCCCUUUUCUAGGGUCUGAGUCCGCCGUCGUCCACCGUUCGGGUUUCCGUUCCGGUUGAACCGUUUCUCCAGAGCCAGGGUUUUUCACGCCAUCAAGUGGGAGGUGAAAGACUCCACCUCCCAGAGUCCCCUGCGAGCGAACGACAGCAAACGAUUGGCCAAGGCCGUCAAUUUCGCUGGGAACCGUGGCCGUGAAUGUAGUCCAGGGAAGGAAGCUGCUCGCAAAAUCUGGCUAACGAGCCAGCUGCACAAAUUACAAAAUAAGCUGGCAUGGAGAACAAGACAAAUGGCUCUGUGGACACCAAGAACCUGCUGGAGAAUGGAGAGCUGCCGGACCCAGCUGACUGGGCAGUGGCAGAUGUGGUGGAUUACUUCAAGGCCGCAGGGUUUGAAGAGCAAGCUGCCGCUUUCAAGGACCAGGAAAUCGACGGGAAGUCGCUGCUCCUGAUGACACGGAACGACGUCCUCACCGGCCUGUCCAUCAAGCUGGGGCCAGCACUGAAGAUCUACGAAUACCAUGUGAAGCCGCUGCAGACACAGCACCUGAAAAACAGCGUGUCAUAGCCCCGCCUCCCGGCGCAACGCCAAACACGACAAUCACCGGGGACUCUUGCGGACGGAGCUUUGCGCCUUAUGCAAAUUUACUUGAAGCAAUGGGGAGGGGGGGGGGCGAUCUGCGUGGGUCUGUCCUUCACCGUGCCGCAGCCGCUUGGGUCAUACAGGUACAAGACUUUGAAUUUCUGACUUUUGAGUCUUAUUUUCCUGUUUAGAAACUGAAAGGGUGAAUCCUAUAGGAUUUUUGUUUACUUGUUUUAUUCUUUUUAUUGUAUGAUUGCUGCCAUUGUUGGUUAAGAUGUGAAAAAAACAACUUGUUUAUCAACUAUCACUUUCUGUUGGAUAUCCUGGACAUUUGUUGGAUGAAAGACCUAUAGAGGAAUUUUUUAAACUGACUUGGAUGUAAGCAGAGAAGACUGUCAGUUUGAUUGAUCCUCAUGGGGACCUGCAUUAAUAGUACCUGGAUAUGACAUGGAGCUAAAGCACCUUUUUCCAGCAGACCGUAACCCGUUCCUGAGUCAAGCUUUGUUUGAACCUCCAAGGCCGCUGUCUGGGACACCUUGUACCGGAUCAGACAGGCUGGGGUUGUGCUCCGGCUGCUGCUUGACUCCUGAAGUUCUGGGUGCCAUGUUCCCUCUCAUGAGUGUCUUCCUUUUGUUCUAAAAAGGGAUACGGUACACUGACGGAACAGCUGCGCGAUGAAACUGGAACGCCUGCCUGGUUUGGCAAGGAAAGGGAUCCUGCAUCCUGUCUGCUAAGUCCAAAUGAGAGUUUCACACACCUUUUGGAGUUAAAGACCGAAAUGCCAAAUUAUGGCAAAGAAUUUUUUUCUGUACUGUUGUGACUAGUGAUUUUCUUUUAUUAUAUUUUUUUUAAUUGCUUGAAGGAGUAUUCUGUGAGAAUAUUUCCAGCAUGUUUGACUACGUUGUAACUCAGGCCUUAAGGAACCUGGCUUUAUAAAUGCAUUCAAGCCUGAUGGGUUAAAGGUUUGAAACGUACAGGUAUAAAAUGGUGCUUGACUUGGCUGAGGACAGGAAGGGGUGUAGCGAUCUCCAUGUACAGCGUGUACAUACACUCCAUCAGGGCCCAUUUGCUCCAGCUUUAAGCUCGAUUGGAUUUCUAUAAAAUGCAGAUUGUUUCUGACCAUGGUUAGCAAGCACAUGUACUUUUAAAGGUUUUUCACAGCUGCGUUUGUGCUGAUAUUUAAUUUUAACAGAGCCGAGGAUAUUAGUGUUCUAUGUUAUUUAGUUCAGCUGGUUAUUCUGAGUUGAUUUUUCUAUGACUAGUGAAAUUUAGGUAAUCAAUCUGUGAUCUACACACUCUUAUUUUAAGAUUUCAAGGGACUUUUAGAAACAUCCAUUCCACCACCUUGGCUGGUGGAAUUGAAUCCUGGGCUGCCCACUCGCAGUUUAACGUGAUCUGAACAUUAAUCAAUCGCUAAGCUGUCGCAGUUCUGAACCUUGCCCAGAACCCGCUCCUUUAAUUUGGUCCCAUUCGUUUUAAUUACAGACAUCAUUAGCAUUGUUGUCCAUGCCUUUGUACCACUUUGACGGUGAACUUUCUCGUUGGCCCCUGGCUGGAGGACUGUGAAGGUGCUCAGGUCAGCAGUGCUCUCUCAUUCUCUCAACCCUCAUUCUUUUUGUGCACUGGAAACUCGGCAAAGGUUUACAAAUCGGAUAUUUCUCUUUUUAAAUGACCCUGCAAAUAACGUAUCACUGCUCUCCUGGUAGUGGACAGGUAUACAUUUUUUUUCCCGACUGCUUGAAAAACAAACUGAAGCCCAGUGAACGUGGAUUUGGAUUGGUUGGAUAACCAUGCGCUGAAAACGUACGAAUCUGUUAAAGCAGUUUGUGAAGACGAAUCUGGGACUGGGCACGUGGACAGUUUACUGUUUGUGAUCUGGGUCAGAUCUUUGAAAAUAAAAGUUGUCAGAUGUAAGUGUA